AUGAGCCGGUUUCCGGAAAGACUGUUUGCAUUAGGCAACGAACCGGAGAAUAAGAAGGUCAACACCUACUUCCAGCUACCUUAUCUUGACACGAUAAGUUUAGCUUUGGAAGAAGACCAUAUGGAGAAGCUGUCUUUCUCCCAAUUUGGUAAACUCAUCGAAGCAGGCAACAAGAUUGCAUCAUCGGUUAGAUUCCUUCACUUCAUUUUGUCAAGGCAGCUGGUUACAAAGAAGAAGAAAGAGGUUUGGUGUCUCUUCGCUGGUCAGCCAAUUCGGUUUUCUCUUAGGGAGUUCGCUAUGACGACAGGUUUAGAUUGCUCCAAAUUGCCUCCGCCGCCGAAGCUGAAAGAAGACAAGGUCAGUGAGUAUACCAUUGAAUUAUUUGGCUCUGAGAAGAAUGAAACCCCUGGAUGGAUAGCGACAACUCUUGCUGGCCGACCAUACAAAGAUAAAGACACCCGAUUUAAGUUGGCGUGCUUACUCCUCAUCGAUGGUAUUGUAUGUCCCACUUCUAGAAACGCUAAGAUAAGUGCCGAGCACAUCAUGAUGGUAAAAGAUGUUGACCAAUUUCUGGAAUAUCCUUGGGGUCGCAAAUCUUUUGAUCUGACCAUUAACAGCAUCAAAACUAGGACAGCUACCACAUCGUACCCUUGUCAGCCAACAUGUGCUUUUCAGGGUUUUCUACAUACACUACAGAUGGUCGUUUUGGAGUGUGCGCCUUCUAUACUGAAAAAGGAUUUAAAAGCUAAAUCCAGCAAGCCUUCUUUGACGGAUGAAGAGGAUGAAGAAGAUGAAUCCCCAAGUUUAAGUCAUGGUGCUAUGAAACCUGUUAACAUCUCUAUGCCUCAUGUGAAGUUUCUCGACAAUAACCAAAAGGUUGCUGUCAAGGCAAUCUUACCGGACGAUGAACAUUUACUGGAUGACACCGACCUGGAGUUUGAUGAUGAUGUCCCAGACGAAAGCGUUGACAACUUAGUGGCAGCAAUCAAUGACGGUCAAAAGUUUUCAAGGAAGACAUGGAAUGGCGGUGAAAAAGAACACUUUCAUAUAAAGCAUACCAAGACACCAGCGUCAUCUUCCCAGAAUACAUCUUCCGAUGUGCAUUUAGAUACGGCUGCUUCUUCCAUUCUUGAUAAGGUCGAAAGUGCUAAUGCAGUGGAAUAUAUUGCGAGCUUAAAAGGCGCUUCAUCCCAAGUCCGAGCACCUUCUAAGGGAAAGCCUGCUCGUAGGGUCAAAUCCAGUAAGAAGAAAGUGAAGCACGUUAGAUUUCAGCAAAUAUCUUCCUGUGAGGAAUCCAAGUCUUCCUCUGAUCACGCUACCAAGACGAAGGAGUCAAGCCGUACUUCUGCUGAACCUAACGACGGAGCUGAUAGUACUGUCGGUGAUGGUAUUGAAGAUAAAGAUGGUGAUGACCAAGAAGAUAGAACGGGAGAUGAUGUUGGUGUGGACGUUUCUAACGAAAUGCAGGUCGAUGUUGAUGAUGUCGAAGACGAUGCAACUAUCGCGACUAACCAAAUAGCGUUUGUUCUUUCAGAUUUAUCAUCAACUGGACAGGUCAAUGUAGACGCUUCAGGAAUUCAGCUUAUUUUGUCCCCACCUGUAAAAGUCAAUGUAGACAGUUCAGAAACUCAUCCUAUUUUGUCCCCACCCGCACAGGCCAAUUUAGACCCUCCAGAAAGUCAUCCAAAGGUUUCUGAGUACGAUUCCGACAUUGCUAGCACACGUCAAAUGGAAGACGAUGGGGUUACACACGUCAACACAAGUGACCCACCAUACGAUCAGGAGAAGCUGGCAGAGCAGACCCAGACCUUCGAGGAUAACUCCCUUCACGUGCCUUUUAUUUCUGGACUCCCACCACAACGACCGGUAUUACAAGACAAGGACCAAACCGAUGUCAACGAGUUUUCGUCUAUCGUUUCUGGACUCCCACAUAAAGAUCUGGUUUUAGAAGCUAACGAACAAACUGUGGCCGACAAAGAUGUCCCUCCAGAACCGCAGGUUUUAGAUGCGAACGACCAAUCCGGUGCCGAUAAAGAUGUCCCUCUUGGGGUUCACGAUCCGCAGGUCAUGCUGGAGACCCAGAACACUAUUCUUGAACCUACAAAUCCUGAGGCAGAGAUCGAAAUUCCAGCAGGGGUUGAGCCUCCUGGUUGGUCACUUGGUCUUACACAGGAAGAAAAAAACAUGGCCCAACCAUCUAAAAAGGGAGCAGAAGGACAAGGAGCUAUUCGCAAGAGUAAACGACUACCCGUGCCUUCAUCACAGAUGACCGAUUUUAUAUUCCCCCGACAAAAACGUGUUAAGAAGAAUGAGAAAUCGGUUGAGCUGUCGCACUUCUUUCCAACACCGAACUUUGAACAAGUCAUCCUCCUGCAGAGUAGAAUGAAAGACAGUCGGCAUUUGCCUAGCUGGGAUGGAAUUGUCCUAUCAGUGAACAUUUUGAAAGAGAUCGUCGAUUUGAAAUACCCAAUUUCCGUCAUGACUAUCGACAGCGUUCUUAGGUUAUUCCGUCACCAAUUGGCCGAAUUAAACGACGAUCAGUGCACUUAUGAUUACGUUGAGUACACCUUCAUUCACGGCAUUGUUGAACUCCUUCCACAAUUAACAAAUCCCCCGAAAAGAAAACCUCUCUCACUCCCUACUGGUUCAGCCGCAUACGUCAAAUCCAGGCGCUCAUGGUACACUCAGGUUGCUCACAUUUAUUGUCCUUACCAAGUUGAUGACCGAUACUGGGUGGGUCUAUGCAUCGAUUUCGAAAGCCACAAGGUUAUGGUAUUGAAUGCGUAUGCGACUCUCAAAGAGAUAAAACUUAAAACAAGUGUUGCACCGCUAGCACAGACUCUACCACAUUUUAUCAGGAGAGUGGCCUACAAUUCCGAGAUGAAAGCCGACGAUCUAACGCCGUUCACAAUUAAAAUUGUGAAACCAAUGUUCCAGACAUCGGCAUCUGGCCAUCUCGGUGUGCUGGCACUCAUGUCUCUUCAGUUGCACGCUGCCAAUAUGCCUCUAGACACUGUUGUGGGUGAUGAUGUUCUUCGUGAUGCAUCUCUUAAGUUUGCGUAUGAUCUCCUAUGUUUGAUCGAGCCGCCUUCUCUAGCCGACGUCGUCAUUCCCAAGACCCUCCAACUUGAUCCUCACCAUAUUUCCUAG